GUGGUACCAGCGGAGGAACAAUGUUUAGGAACCGAUGGAUUUCCAGUUAUAUGGGGAGUGUCCUCUGCCCUGAGGACCCAGGUUUUAACCGAGAAGGACCAUUUCAUCACAGAACUCCGAGGCUUCACCAAAGGAGAUCCCCCAGCCUUCAGAAGAGCUUUUCCAGUGUAGCUGCGGACGACUUUGGGAACCGUUCCAGGGAUAUUGAUGCUCAUAUAUUUUCUGUCCUGCCUAAAGUGUCAGAAUUAAGAAAAUUGUUUGAGCCAAGCAGAAAAGUCUUCUCAGAAAUGAAGAGGAAGGAAAGAAUUGCAAGGCGCUUGGAAGGCAUUGAAAAUGAAGCACCGCCAAUAAUGUUACAAAACAGACUGUUAGAGGAAGACACGCCAAGAUAUAUGAGAGCAACAGAUGCGUAUAGUGCACAGACAGGUCACAAUGAUGAUGCAGCUUCAGAGUCUUCAAUAGAGGCACAUUCUAGACUAAGGUAUCAACCUGCAGACAAUCUUUCUGAAACCUCCAGUAUUCCAGGAAGUAUGGAUGUGCCUGAACAGGAAUCCAAAGCAGAGCGCAUAGCUAGGUACAAAGCAGAGCGCCGGCGCCAGUUGGCAGAGAAAUACGGACUACCCUUUGACUCUGAACCAGAUUUGGAUUAUCAGUCGAGGUACACACGUACAAGAAAAGACAGCGAGACCUCCGAGAAGAGUUCUGGAGUAUUUAAAGAUGAUGAAUCUAAAGAUAACAGUUCUGAUUAUUUUUACCGUCCAGAAAGGAGAGUGCGUCCCUUAGACAGUAAACACCAUGACAUUAAUGAAAAUUUGAUGACCAGAGAUGCACUACAGAACCUAGAAAACAAUAACCAGUUUCAUGGAAUCUCACAGACGGAUGGCCCCAGUUCAGUAACUACCUCCAGACAAGGAAACCUUCUGGGAGAAGCACCGCGAUCACCAAAGGUUCCUAGACGUGGGUCACAGACUUCUCCAAAGCGUCCUUCAUCCCCAACUAUUUCCCCUGCAGAGCCACAGCAGCAGUCUGACUCCAUACAAGGUCCAGAGAGGCAGAAACCAGAGUGGUUCCUUCAGAAAGAUUCCGAUGGGGACACCCCGUCUCUCAUCAGCUGGCCCUCCAGAGUUAAAAUUAGAGAGAGGCUGGUGAGAGAUGAAAACAUGCAUGGGAGUCCAAAACCCAAUACAGACACCGCAACUCAAAAGCAACAUCACGCUGCUCCGACCUACUAUGUGCCUUUUCAGUCUGAAAACUCUGCCUUUGAUAGGGUCUAUAAACAGCCAACUCCAUACCGCCAACCGUUGCACGGCUUUAUCCAGCCUGCCAAUGCCGCUUAUGCACCAAAAAUUGUUUCUCGGACUCAGUCGGACAAUGUCAUGGUUUCAGCAUUCACUACCUCCUUGAAAAAUCCUCGAGCUAUUAGUGAUGUGAACAUUGAGAAGUCUCGUCAGAUUAAUCAUGGUGUGACCAGCACUCUUCAGCCCUUCAAACUGGGGAAUAGCACUGGUAAACUAUAUAACCCGUUAGAUGAAACGCCAACGUAUAUAUCCUCACAUGACAACAGGCAUCGUCACAAAGAAAGGCUGGAGCCGAAAGAUCAACUGAUGCAUGUUUCACCGAUUGUUCCGCCUCCAAAGAGAUCCGCUGAAAUUGUAGGAAAAAGUGAAGCCACCAUGUAUCUACAUAGCGGAACGAUUGUACCUCCAUCCAGACCCCAAGGCCAAACUAAAGAGGUCUCAACCAUGAAACACAGGAUGCUUGUACGCUCAAUGUCAGACUCGACAGGCACUCAGAAUAUGGAAGCCUUGAAGAUUACGUCUGAAGUGCAAAAUGAGAUGGUAUUUUUAGGCACCGAAGACGUUGCCAAUGGGGAAGCUGGUACGGUCAACACUAAGGUGUCUGUGGCUCAGCUCAGGAGUGCAUAUUUGGAGACUGCAAACUCAAGCAAAAGAGUUGACCAUGUACCUAAGGCUGAAAUGCCAAUGCCAUGUGUUGAUUUGGGUGCUGCCAAUGAGCGGGAAAAGGGCCCUCGAAAGCCAAGACUGUAUUUCUCACCCGGGGACAGUAGAAAGACCUCUGAAAGAUUUAGAACUCAACCAGUUACUUCAGCUGAGAGAAAAGAAACGGAUAGGACAACGUUCCAUCCACCUGUGCAAACAGCUGAAGAGGAGACAAAAGUGGACGAAAGGGCAAAGCUGAGUGUAGCUGCGAAAAGGCUUCUUUUUCGGGAGAUGGAAAAAUCUGUAGACUCUAAAGCCCCUAAGCCACGUGCUCGAAACUCAGCCAUAGAGAGGCGGCUUCGUCGUGCGCAAGACAGGUCCCGCACUCAGCCUGUGACUACAGAAGAAGUGGUGAUCGCCACAACCAAGCCUAGCCCUGCUGCACACACAGUGACCACACACACAGCCAGCUCCAGCAUCUCUAGCCCCUCUGUAACUAAGAGUACUGUGCAACGUAUCAGUUUGCAGGCUUCAGCACACCAGAAAACCGUGCCAAAGGUAGAACCAGAAGUGGUUAAAGAGACGAAGGGUGAGCAGGAGGAACCCGAAGUGCCAGACUCUUCCUCAUUGUCCCUGGCAGAAAAGAUGGCUUUAUUUAAUAAACUUUCACAACCAAUCACAAAGGAGGUGACCACCAGAAGCAGAAUGGAUAUCAGACAGCGGAGGACAAACGCUCGAUACCUGACUCAGCCCGUUACACUGGUUGAGGUUGAACAGUUUAAGAACGGAGGUGAAAAGAUCGCUCCAUUGUCUCAGAAUGUUGUAACAUCUGUGGCGACUCUGACGUCCCGGUCUUCUCCUGUCUACCCCGGGGACAUGAAUGUCACAAAGUCAUCCAAUUACGAUGAGAGAAUAUCAAAUAUCUCCAGCGCUUCCACCCUGCUUCACACUUCGAUGGAGACGGCGAACACAACAGAGCAGAGCUCACUGCUUUCAGAGUCCUGGAGCUCUCCACAGGCUGAUACACUGAGAGAGGCUGAACCAAGCAAGCCCCUGUUUGAGAGCAGAUCACUGGCCGCAGAGGAGAGCAGCCCCAGAAAGUCUAGCCCUGCUCAGAAGGAAGUCGUCCACCCUGUGCUAGAUGUGUCAAAGGAGGAGGAAUCUACCAGAGAACAGAAGAGGCUCGGGCAUGUUAUCUCAAGUAAGAACACAGUGGAAUUGCUCAGCCCACAGACACUGUUACAACCUGCUGUGCAACGAGAGCUGCCAAUAGCUGAAAGCUCCCCGCAGGUAGAGGUGGAUGACAUGAAGCCAGAGAGGAAGAAUCUACACUCGGAAACCAACGCAUGGAGCAUUAAAGGCGCCACUGAGAUUGUCAAGCCGGCCUCUGAAGCUCUUGGCUCCAGCACAGCGCAGACACUUUCUCACACUUCACCGGAGGCAGCAUCCUACAGACCACAGGCAGGCGAGGAAGACGAAGAGGAGCUGUGCGAAAGGACGGCCGACAUCUCUCCCCCUGCCAACGAAGCCAAAUCACAGGAGGAUAUUGACAUCUCCAGCAAAAAGAUGUCCAUUCGCGACAGGCUGGCGCUACUGAAGAAGAGCGGGGAGGAAGACUGGAAGAACAGGCUUAACAAAAAGCAGGAGUACACCAAAGUGUCCGUCAUAGAGCGCAGCUCGGAAGCCCAGCUGCAGGAAAUUGAGCAGUUGCUGACAAAGAAGGAACCUGUGUAUGCUUCUGUUUACUCUCCUGCUAUACCUGCUGCCUUUAAAUGCCAGCAUUUCCUUCCCAUAAACCAGGUCAGUAAUAAUAGCAUGAGGGAGUCCAGUCCACUGAUGUUUGCCGAGCGGCAUCCUUGGCGAUGGAAGCAAAGAGUGACUUCUGCAAGUGGGCUGCACAUGAGCAUUGAAGAAAGGAAGCAGCAGAUCACAGUAAGAGAAGAGGCCUGGAAGUCCAAAGGUUUAGGUGCUGCCAAUGACUCGACCCAGUUCUCUGUUGCUGGCCGCAUGGUUAAAAAAGGCUUGGCUUCACCUACAGUUCUAACGCCUGUCGCAUCACCUUUGGCUCUUAAACCAAAAUCUACAAAUGCUGUUUCCAAACCGACCGAAGAAAUUGAAGCCAGACCUGACCUGCAUCUGGAGUCUGAUAGGAAGUUAGAUAAACUAGAAUCCUUUUUGGGCAGGCUACACAACAAAGUUGGAGGUCUGCAGGACUCAACACUUAAGGUCACCAGUAAAACUGUGAAAGAAGUGAUGAAGUUGGAUGAUGAGGAGACAUUCUCUAGGUUCUACCGUCCAAUCGAGAUCCCCUCCAGUCCAGUGGACUUUCACUUUGAUGAUGACUUUGAUUUCCUGUUUAAUUCUGAGGAACCAAAGUUAACCUCCACUGUGGCAGAACAUAAGCGUGCAGUCAGACCAGUGCGCAAAGUGCAGGCCUCGGGAAAUCCACUGCGGUUGCUCGCUGCUCGAGAUGAUAUCCUGCAGGAGUAUACAGAGACCAGGCUGAAUGUGGCCUUUAUGGAGUCCAAACGAAUGAAAGUAGAAAAAAUGUCUAAGAACUCGAACUUCUCCGACGUGGCUCUUGCUGGGCUGGCAAGCAAAGAGAACUUCAGCAGUGUCAGUUUGCGCAGUGUUAACCUCACAGAACAACACUCGAACAACAGCGCUGUGCCCUAUAAGAAGCUUAUGUUAAUACAGAUUAAAGGCCGUAGACAUGUUCAGUCGAGGUUGGUGGAGCCCCGAGCAUCCUCCCUGAACAGUGGGGACUGUUUCCUGCUGAUCUCUCCGCUCUACUGCUUCCUGUGGGUUGGAGAGUUUGCAAACGUCAUUGAGAAAGCCAAGGCUUCAGAACUGGCCACCAUAAUCCAGACAAAGAGGGAGGUGGGGUGUAGAGCAUCCUAUGUGCAGACAGUGGAGGAGGGAAUAAAUACGCACACUCACGCGUCGCGAGACUUCUGGAAGCUUCUGGGCGGUCAGAUGGAAUCCCAAGACGCUGGAACCCCGGAGGAAGAUGAACGAUAUGAAAAUGCAAUCAUCGAAACAAACUGCAUCUACCGUUUGGUUGACGAUAAACUGGUGCCUAUAGAUGAAUUCUGGGGUAAAAUCCCUCGGUGCACACUUUUACAGUCUAAAGAGGUGCUGGUGUUUGAUUUUGGCAGUGAGGUGUAUGUGUGGCACGGUAAGGAGGUGACGUUGGCUCAGCGAAAGGUGGCGUUCCAGCUAGCUAAACACCUGUGGAAUGGGCUCUUUGACUAUGAGAACUGCGAUAUUAAUCCUUUAGAUCCUGGGGAAUGCAAUUCUCUGAUACCAAGGAAAGGAACUGGUCGGCCAGACUGGGCCAUAUUUGGUCGACUGACAGAACACAAUGAAACAAUUCUGUUCAAAGAAAAGUUCCUGGACUGGACAGAGAUGAAGAAGCCCUCUGAGAAGACUUUGUGUGAGGAACUCCCACAGCAAAAGGCAGAAAAGCAGGAAGAUGUAAAGGGCUAUGACAUCAUGCAGAUGGUGCCAGGCUCCCAGGCGACAGUAGGAACCGUCUUGGAUGGAUUUAACGUAAACCGAGGUUAUGGACUUGUAGAAGGAGAGGAUGGAAGGCAAUAUGAGUUAACAACCGUCUCCGUUGACGUCUGGCAUAUUUUGGAAUUUGACUAUAGUAGACUGCCGAAACAAAGUAUCGGUCAGUUCCAUGAGGGGGAUGCGUAUGUGGUGAAAUGGAAGUACAUGGUGAGCACUACAGUUGGACAGCGUCAGAAAACCGAGCAUGUGCGGGUGACCGGAAAGGAAAAGUGUGCGUACUUCUUCUGGCAGGGCCGCCAUUCUACUGUGAGCGAGAAAGGCACGUCAGCGCUAAUGACCAUUGAGCUGGAUGAGGAGAGAGGAGCACAGGUCCAGGUGCUGCAGGGGAAGGAGCCGCCAUGUUUCCUGCAGUGUUUUCAGGGAGGAAUGAUUGUACAUGCAGGGAGGAGAGAAGAGGAAGAAGAGAAUGCACAAAGUGACUGGAGGUUGUACUGUGUGCGAGGUGAGGUUCCUUUGGAGGGGAACCUCAUUGAAGCGGCCUGUCACUGCAGCAGCCUGAGGUCCCGGACAUCGAUGAUACUUCUUAAUGUAAAUAAAGCCGUCAUCUAUCUCUGGCAUGGCUGCAAAGCACAAAGCCACACGAAGGAAGUGGGAAGGACAGCAGCCAACAAAAUAAAAGAAGAAUGUCCAUUAGAAGCCGGGCUGCACAGCAGCAGUAAAGUGACGAUAUAUGAAUGUGAUGAGGGCUCUGAGCCACUAGGGUUUUGGGAAGCUCUUGGAAGAAGAGACCGCAAAGCAUAUGACUGCAUGUUGCAAGAUCCUGGGAAGUUUAACUUUACACCACGAUUGUUUAGUUUAAGUAGUUCUUCUGGAGAAUUCACAGCGUCCGAAUAUAUGUAUCCGUCCAGACUGCCGAGCGUCGUAAACUCCAUGCCGUUCCUACAAGAGGACCUGUACACAGCUUCACAGCCAGCUCUGUUCCUCGUUGACAAUCAUCACGAGGUUUACCUCUGGCAAGGCUGGUGGCCUAUGGAAAAUAUCAUCACUGGGUCUGCUCGGAUACGAUGGGACGCAGAUAGAAAGAGUGGAAUGGAUACUGUGCUGCAGUAUUGUAAAGGUAAAAAUGGUAAAAAGCCUCCAAAGUCCUAUCUAAUUCAUGCCGGGCUGGAGCCACUGACGUUUACGAAUAUGUUCCCGUCCUGGGAGCACCGAGAAGACAUUGCGCAGAUCACGGAGAAGGAUGCUGAAGUGUCCAAUCAGAUAAUCCUGGUGGAGGAUGUGUUGGCCAAAUUGUGUAAAGAGAUUUACCCUCUGGCAGAACUCCUGGCUCGCCCUCUCCCCGAAGGAGUGGACCCCUUAAAUCUAGAAAUGUAUCUGUCUGAUAAAGAUUUUGAGAUUGCGUUAGAGAUGACCAGAGAGGAUUACAGCAUUUUGCCAUCGUGGAAACAAGUCAACAUCAAAAAAGCCAAAGGACUUUUCUGAACGGAACUUUCCCUCUAGACUUUUUCCCUGCUGGACAGUGUGCGACACCCUCUCCCCCCUCCCCCCCCCCGAUCUUCCGGCCGCCUCACCACUAAAGAAACACUGCUGCAUUUUGCACCCGUUGUGUCAUGACAUCUCUAAGCGUUUCGUGUAUUGUAUUUCCCCCUAUAGCCCGCGUGGCUCGGACUGUAAACAAAGGGCUUUACCCACCUCACGUGUGAAGUCUGCUCAUCACGCUGCCUGUUGACCCGUGUCUGUCAUAAAUGUAUUAAGAACCUUUCAAAACUCUUAGCAACUCUCAGAGGAACUUCACUAACCUCUACCGUGCACUUAUGCGGAAUGCAGAUAUUCCCUCGCUGCAGACAUAUCGUUUUCUGAUAUUUUGUAAAUGUCUUUGUCCAGUCCUAUAGAUUGUAUUUAUGUAAACACUUUGUAUUUAACUAUGCAAUUAUAUCACUAUGUAAGAUUUGUGGAUUAUUACACAGACUGUCAAGUUUUCAAUGCCAAUCAUGUGCAGACAGCUGACACCUGAGUUAUGCAUAUGCAGUUGUGAUUUUUUUUUUUGCAUCAUGUCCCGUGGCCAUCAUGGGAUCUUCAACCAUGUUUGCAUAUUCUGCACUUCACUGGUGCCCUCUAGUGCUGCGCAAGUGAAAAGGCAUCGACUGCCGUCCCCUUAACCAGGAUUUUGCCUCGGUGUGUGCAAAUAUUACAUAUUACUUUGUUCCAGAACAUUGGGAGACCUGCAGUGGCUCCCCUGAGCAAGAAGCACUGCUAGAGCUACUUCAGUGUGUUUAUUGUGCUUACAUGUUGAACUGAAAAGGGUUCUUAUAACAGUGUAUAGUGCCUUGUUUUUGUGUACAGUUUAUAUACAGGAAAAAAAUUGUCUGCGUUUUGGAAGCAGUUAUUAAAGCAUCAAUAUUUGUACUUAAUAGAAGACAUCUCAAGUUUCUAAUACCUGAUGUAAACUUUAAACAUGUAUUUUGUGAUAUAAGAACAUGAAUUAAAAAAAA